GGGCGGUGUAGCACUCAGCCCCACUUGUUAAGGGUGGAUUUUUAGACCGUUUUUCCUCAGGGUCAUGAACCAACCACUAAGCCAAGGGGGGCGAGGAAGUGACUUUCUAUGUGGGCGAAUAAUCCCAUAACUGUCCCCUAUGGGGCUUUUCGCGUUCCCCUCUAGCAGCUGAUAGUGUGAGUGUCAGACCCAGGACACUGGUCUAGAUGGCCACUGGGCUGCUCAGGUUUCUUCCUUUUAUAUUGUGGAAUUACAUAAAGUAAAAACUAGGAAAGCUCUAAUAGCUCAAUAGCUGAAAUUCCUUGUAAGAACAAGGUGCAGCCACCCAAGAGAGGAUGAGAAGGGGAAUAAAAGGAUGUUACCCUUGUUAUUGGUUGCAAAGCCAGAAAGAAAGAUGGAGCCAAAUGCAGGUAAUUCAUCCAGAAUCCUUUAAACUGGUAACACAUUGAGCAAUUUGCAGAAACCUUCUCUGUGAUGCUUGAACAAGAAAACUAAGAUCUGCCAAAAUGUCCGAAAGAUCAGAUAUCCUUCACUUCAAGUUUGACAAUUAUGGAGAUUCAAUGUUACAAAAAAUGAACAAACUGAGGGAAGAAAAUAAGUUUUGUGAUGUCGUAGUUCACAUAGAUAAUGUUGAGGUUCAUGGGCAUAAAAUUGUGUUUGCUGCAGGCUCCCCCUUUUUAAGAGAUCAGUUUUUGUUGAAUGACUCCAGAGAGGUUAAAAUCUCCAUUCUGCAGAGUUCAGAAGUGGGGAGACAGUUGCUUUUGUCCUGCUACAGUGGUAUUCUGGAGUUUCCUGAGAUGGAGCUGGUAAAUUACUUGACUGCUGCAAGCUUUCUUCAGAUGAGCCACAUUGUGGAACGAUGUACACAGGCUCUCUGGAAGUUUAUAAAACCUAAGAAGCCAUUGGAGAGCAAGGAGGAUUGUGAACAGCAAAGCGAUUCUUCUGAGCUGAAAGAACACCAAGGAGAUGAGGACUCUCUGCAACAGGAUUCACUAUGUAUUCAAACCUCAGAAGACAGUAUGGACAUGGAAGAUAGUGACAUUCAGAUUGUCAAGGUGGAGUCUAUUGGGGAGGUGUCUGAGGUUAGAAAUAAAAAAGAUCAAACACAGUUUAUUUCUUCUGAACAAACUGCUUUACAUUCAUCAGAGCCUCAGCACUUUUUAAUCAAUUCCACUGUGGAAAACAGAACGAGUGAAAUAGAUCAAAAUCAUCUCCACAACUAUGCCCUUUCUUAUGCUGGCAGUGACAAUUUCAUCAUGGCCUCUAAAGACAUGUUUGGUCCUAACAACAGAGGUAUAGACAAGGGUCUCCAAUGGCACCACCAGUGUCCCAAGUGUACCAGAGUAUUCCGGCACCUGGAAAACUAUGCUAAUCAUUUAAAAAUGCAUAAACUGUUCAUGUGUCUGCUGUGUGGUAAGACGUUCACUCAGAAAGGCAAUCUCCACCGACACAUGAGAGUGCAUGCAGGGAUCAAACCUUUUCAGUGUAAAAUCUGUGGGAAAACCUUCUCUCAGAAAUGUUCUUUACAGGACCAUCUCAAUCUGCACAGUGGAGACAAGCCUCAUAAAUGUAACUAUUGUGACAUGGUCUUUGCACAUAAACCUGUUCUGAGGAAACACCUUAAACAGUUACAUGGAAAAAAUAGUUUUGACAAUGCCAAUGAAAGAAAUGUUCAAGAUAUAACAGUGGACUUUGAUUCUUUCAGCUGUAGCACUGCUACAGACAGUAAGGUCUGUCAACAAGCUGAUGCAAGCCAGAUACUGGAUGCAGGGAAAUUGGCCCAGGCUGUGCUCAAUUUAAGGAGUGAUAGCACCUGUGUUAAUUAAGCAUUCCAAGCAGCCCUUUGUAGGCAUCACGAAGAAAGGAACAAAAGGUUGGAUUUGGGCUUUCACCAAAGCAGAUGGUAUGCCCUGAAAGGUUGUGUACAGAUUUAAUUACAAAACCUAACAGGUUGUCAGCCUUCAUUCUAGUCUUAUUUUCUGUGACUAGCAAUCCUCAUGCAGGGUUUCUGUCUGUGUUCCUACUGGUGAGCAUGGGGUUAAAUUUUGGAUUUGUUACAUUUUGGAUCAUUUAAUCUGAUUUGGAGACAUGGGACUGUCACCUUUUGAAGAACUCUUGCUGUAGGCAGUCAUCAAUUAAACUAUGUGCUGUACAGUUAAGGGCCUGUGUAUGUCUGGGCAGAUAGAAGAAACAACAGAAAGGAUGAGUCUAUGAGAUAAAACCUGACUUUUUCAAAAAGCACUGGAUAACUGAGAGUUAUGUAGUUCAACUGCUAAUUUAUCUGUUAAAACUUCAGUUAUUUGCCUUCCAAUCUUACCCAAAUCCCUAAAGUUAAAAUUAAAUACUUUUUUCCAUGUGUCACUUUUUUGUCCCUUUUAAACUAUGUAAUUGAAUUUUCUCUGCUAAUCAGCCCUACCCCAGCCGAUAGCAACUUUCAGGAUUAUUAACAUGGAUGUAUGUUUAGAAAGAGCUAAAGCCCUGAAUGAUCUAGGUGGGUCAGGUAGAUUACAUGGUACUGUUUGUAAAGCAAAUAAAUUGCAGAUUUUUAGAAUAUGAGGCUGAUUGCCUAGGGUCAGGGUCUGACUUCUUCCUUGAUGUAGGGCUACUGAGGAUGUGCUUUCACAGCAUAAUUAGCUCAGGUAAUAAUUGAAAUACUACCCCUAGCUCAACUCCCAUCCACACACGGAAUUCUCUAGCUCAAGUUAAGUGGUGCUUUAAAUUCUAGCUAGCUAGUUGGGAGGGCGGGCGUUUGAAACUUAAGUGAUGUUGAUGCUAAACCUAGUAACUCUCUGGGGAUGCAACAACUUGAGUUACAACAAGCAUGUAGAGGACAAUAAGAGAAUAAAUAAUACCCAAUGUGGGCGUCUCAAAAAUCAUGCCAAACCAAACUAAUUUCCUUCAUUGACAGAGUUACUGUCCUAGUGGGUAGAGGGGAAGCAGUAGAUGUAUGUUCCCCUCCCUCCAUCUUGAUUUUCAGAAAGGCUUUUGACUUAGACUCACAUGAUUUUUUCAUAAGGAAACGUGGUCUAGAUGAAGUUACUAUAUGGUGGAUGCAUAACUGGUGGAAAGACUGUAUUCAAAGAAUAGUUAUCAAUAGUAGCUGUCCAAUUGGAAGGCAGUAUCUAGUGGGGUCCUGCAGGAGUCUGUCUUGCGUCCAGUACUUCUCAAUAUUUUCAUUAAUGACUUGGAUAAUAUAGUGUAUAAUGUGCUUUUUAAAUGUGAGGAUUACCACCAAACUGGCAGGGAUUUGUAGCACUUUAGAGGAACAGAUCAGAAUUCAAAAUAAUCUUGCCAAAUUGGAGAAUUGGUCUGAAAUAAACAAGAUGAAAUCCAGUAAAGUUAAGUGUAAAUUUAGGAAUAAAAAAUCAAAAGCACAUAUAAAACUGGGAAUAACUGGCUGUGAGUUUAUACUGUUGAAAAUGAUCCAGUAGUUGUAGUGGAUCACAAAUUUAAUGAAUCAACAAUGUGAUGGAGUUACCAAAAAGGUAAAUAUCAUUCUGGGGCGUAUUAACCGGAGUCCCAUAUGUAACACACAGGAGGUAAUUGUCCCACUUUACUCAGCAGUGAUGAGGCCUCUGUUGGAGUGCUAUGUCCAGUUCUGAGCAUCUCACUUUAGGAAAGAUGAGGAGAAUGGGAGAGCAACAAAUUUAUAGAAGGUUUAGACAGGGUCGCCCAGAGGAUUCUGGGGGCGGUAGGCCCCCGCCGCCGAAGACCCAGCACUUCGGCGGUGGGUCCCAGGGCAGAAGGACCUCCUGCCGCCGAAGACCCGGAGCGGAAGAAGCUUCGAGGGCCCGGGCCCCAUGAGAAUUUUCCAGGGGCUCCAGAGCAAGUGAAGGACCCCGCUCCAGGGGCCCCGAAAAACUCUUGUGGGGGCCCCUGCGGGGCCCGGGGCAAAUUGCCCCAGUUGCUCCCCCCUCUGGGCGGCCCUGGGUUUAGAAAACCUGACCUAUGAGGAAAGGUUAAAACAAAAAAUAAAAAGGGCAUGUUUAGUCUUGAGAAAAGGAGUCUGAUGGGGGAAUGUGAUCAUAGUUUUUAAAUGUGUUGAGAGAUGUUAUGGAGAACAAUGGCCACUCGAAGGUAGCAGCAAGGGAGAUCUAGAUUAGAUAUUAGGGAAAUUUUCUAAAUAUAAGCUGUAAUGAAACAGGCUUCCCAGGAAGGUUGUCGAAUUCCCAUCAUUGUCUAAUCUGUUCUUAAAACUUCCAAACACCUGUCACAAAUGUUCUAGGAGGUUUACUUGGUCCUGUCUCAGCACAGAGGGCUGGACUAAGUGAUCUUUCGAGGUCCCUUUUUGCCCUAUAGUUCUAUUAUUCUAACUGAACAGCAACUAAUCAAAUCAGGCUGUGAAACUCCCGUAUUGCUUUGAAGUGUGGUUGCUCUCACUCAAGCUAGGCUAGCUUGAAUGCAGUAACUAAAGCAUGCUAACUUGUAGUGAAGACAAGCACUAAAGGACCACCUAUCACUGUAUGUACUAAGACAUGGUAAAGACUUCAAAAUAAAAUUAUUGUUCUGUCUCCUAUAAACAUUGCUUCACAUAAACCACAGCAAUUGUGACUUUCAUAUUUGGUUUUAAAGCAAAGCUGAAGUGGGGAAUAUUGCUUUAUUUAUGACAUUGUGAAAAGAAUCUCUUUCACCAGCUGAAAUGUGUAAUUCCAUACUUUUUUUUUUUUUAAACUCUUCCUAGAGCUCUACUAGGAGCUAUGUAUGUCAGUUAACUGGGGGGAAAAUAUAAAGUUAGAUCAUAGUCUCUGUUGGAUCCUAAAAGUAUGCACUUCAUCUUGAAAAGUAGACUAGAAUUUAGCUACCACCCUACAUAGUUCAUGAAUCCUAGAGCUUUACAAGGUAAGAGUUUAGACAGAGUAAGAUACAGGUGUCAUUGGCUGUAGAUUAAUGCAUCAGUUAUUGACUGUGAUCAGCAAUAGCUCUUUUACACAUCUUUGAAUCUCAGACCUAGAGGGAAUGGAAUGUUAACUGGGGGUUGAGAUUAUGCUGUACUUGUUUUGAAAAGUGUCAUGGAAGUUUUAAUCUAGAUGGCUGCCGUCGUAGUUGGAGUGAAAGGACCAUACUUUAAUAUCUCAUCUGAAGAAUACCAUUUACAGAAGAAAGCAACAGACUAACAGAAGUCAGAAGAGAAGAUUUACAGAAGAGUAGCACUCUUACUGAAUUGAAAUGCAGUGUGGUCUAAUAAUCUACUGCUUGACCCUUGGUAAAGAACUGCUUUUCACAUUUGGAUCAAGUAUUACUUCUAAUGCAGCUGUUUAAGUCUAGAACUGUAACAAUGCUAAACUAAAAUAUGACCAAAGCAUUUUAUUGCAGAAAAUAAUGUAUAUUUCAUUAUCAAAAGACAGCUUGGGUCUUGAGAAAAGGGGCAUACAAAAGUCAGAAGUUCCCAAAACAAGCAUUACAGUGAAUGAAGUGCUAAUGUUGCAAAAUGUUAUGAAAGGACACAAUCACCUUUUCAGAUAGAAAGUUUUAAACGGCUAUAGUUGCCUGUUAUGUGUACAGUUUUGGAAUAAGUAAUGGGCAAUGGAGAGGGGGAAACAAAUAUCAUAGCAGAUUAAUUUAGUUCUGAAAUGUAACUAUUUUAGGAAACUAUUUCUUUCAGAAUCUUGGUUCAGAGACAGCUUGCAUGGAAAAAUAAAUUAAAUUUUUUAAAGAAAAAAAUCAAAAACCUGCAUACAGAAUCAGCUUGAGCUGUUACUCCAUGGUUAUUAUGUCUGAAAUAUUGCAUGUGGAUCUGAUUUCAGGCAGAAUCUUCCAUAUUGUUCAAACAUUUGAUACUAUAAUAUUCAUUAUAUGGAAAAUGGGUUAUCAUAGCUCUAAUGUGGACUAGAGACAAAGAAAAUCUUGUCAAUGUUUUUUUCCCCCAGAAUUAAGAAUUAAAAUGGAGCCUGGCACUAUUGUUAUAAAAUCUAUUUAUACAGACUAUCCAAAGGCAUCUUUGUUAUAGAAUAAAAUGAACUUAAUAUGUAGCCAAUCAUGUAUGUAUAACUUUCUUCUAAAUCACUUUUUAUUGCAAAGUUCUAACUGGCCUAGAUCCACUUGAAGUUGAUAGUGCUGUUGCUUAGUCAGAUAAAUUCUCUGGCAAUUGUCAUAAUCUGUAUGUUAAUGUGUCAAACACCAUUUACUGAUACAUGGGUAAUCUCACAACUGAGUGUAAUGUACAAGUUCCUGCCUAUCCUAAAAAUAAUUAGGGGAAAAGUCUACCAUUACUAAAAUAUUUGAAAGACACUUUGGCCACAUUUGUAAGGAUUAUUUUUGCUUUUAGAACCUAUUUACUCGAUGAACAUAUGGGUAAGAGAACUACUGUAGGUUUGUCUUACCUUUUUAUAGAAGAAUUUUACAAGUUAGUGACUCUGACAUACCUGAAGUAUCAGGUUUUUUGUGGGUUUUCCCCCCCUCCUCCUCUGUGGCAAAACUUAUAAACCUAUACAAUUUGUCACACCAGUAGUCUUAUUUGACUUGAACAUAGAGCACAUUGAAUGCGAAAGUACAGAACAUGAGAGGACUGGUGGUGAAUACUGGAGUCAUUUUGAGAAGGGAUGGAGAGUAGGGAGAGUUUAAUUAAAAAUGUGACAAAAAGCAAAACUGCAUUAAAAAUAUUACUGGUA